CUCCCUCCUCCCUGACACACGAGCCUGUGCAACACCGUUCUGAGAGCUGUCCUAGGUGCUGAAAAUUCAGAACAAUAAGGAAAAGAUAACGGAAUAACACCGGGGGUUUUAUUUUUUUUUUGCUUAUUUCUGUUUUGUUUUUUAAAACAUGCCUCGAUCUUUCCUCGUUAAGAAGGUGAAAUUAGAUGGUUUUCACUCUCCCUCUGCUGCAGUCUCAGCUUCUCAACAGCACCUUGACAACUCGUAUACAAUAACCAGGUCUCUUACAGACACUGUGGAGAACUUAGGGGUCCGGGUCAGUGGGAACGGUUACAUUCACAGCUACAUCAGCCCAUCAUCGGUGUACGAGAGCCGAGGGGAGAAUCUGACAGCGCCCCAGGCCGUCUUCACUAAAGUCGGCGAGGUGUAUGGGGAGCCGGAGGGGUUGGGGCUGGGGCCGGACAGCCCUCGCUCGGGGCUGGCGAACGGCUACUUCAGCGGCGAGGCGGCGGUCAGCGAGGGCUACAGCAUGGACGCUUUCUUCAUCACGGACGGCCGGUCAAGGAGGAGGAGCGGCGGCGCCAGUGGGGGGAGGCAGCCGGGACAGAGGCACCGGUGCGGGGAGUGCGGCAAGACGUACGCUACCUCGUCCAAUCUGAGCCGCCACAAGCAGACCCACCGCAGCCUGGACAGCCAGCUAGCUCGCAAGUGCCCGACCUGUGCCAAGGUCUACGUCUCCAUGCCCGCCCUGGCCAUGCACGUCCUCACCCACGACCUCAAGCACAAGUGCGGCACCUGCGGCAAGGCUUUCAGCCGGCCGUGGCUGUUGCAGGGUCACCUCCGCUCGCACACCGGCGAGAAGCCCUUCGGUUGCGCCCACUGCGGCAAGGCGUUCGCCGACCGCUCCAACCUGCGAGCCCACAUGCAGACCCACUCGGCCUUCAAGCACUUCCGCUGCAAACGCUGCAACAAGACAUUCGCCCUCAAGUCCUACUUGAACAAGCACUACGAGUCUGCCUGCUUCAAGGGUCCCCAAGAGGGGGAGUCCUGAGAGAGAGAGAGAGAUAUGCAAAAAAAAUUUACAACACCUCCUGACUGAGGUGGAAUGAGAUAGAACAGAGACGUGCAAAAAAUAUAAACGCAAAACCUCCUACACGUGGAAUGAGAGUCGUGCAAAAAUAUGAAUGCAAAACCUCCUAAAUGUGGAAAUGAGAGAUGUGCAAAAAUACAAGUGCAAAACCCCCUGAACAUGGAAUGAAAUAAACGAGACGUGAAAAAAUAUGAAUGCAAAAUCUCCUAAAUGUGGAAAUGAGAUAAAUGCGAGACAUGCAAGAUUUUUUUAAAAAAUGCAAAACCUCCUAAAUGUGGUAUAAGAUAGGAGACGUGCAAAAUAUAAAUUGCAAAAUAUUCUAAACAUGGAAUGAGAUAAAGGAGACGUACAAAAAUAACAGUGCAAAGUCCUAAAUGUGAAAUGAGAUAAACGAGAGACAUGCAAAUAAAAAUGCAAAGCCUUCUAAAAGACGAGGAAUGACAACUUCUCUCCACCUCAAAGCAAUACUUCCUUGAGAUUACUUCCUAACAUUUUUUUAAAAUAAAUAUAUGCUGGAUUUGCUCUAAGAAAAAGAAAAAAAACUGCAACCCUUUCUUCAAAGUCGUAGCAUGACAUAAAGAUUAUUUUUUGUCAUGCACCGACCAGAAUCUUUUCUUUAGAACCAGUUCUUUCCACCAAGUUUGGAAGGAAGAACUCAUGAAGUGAAAGCACUGGGACCAUGAUGGCUAAGCUGCACAAAUACCUGUACAAACAGGCAGGUGUGUGCACGUGCACAGCUGUACCAGGAACAUAUAUGCCACACCCAAGAAUAGUCCCCCAGAACAUGCCAACACAUGUGCGACCAUGCAGCUGUGCAUUAACCGUACAGACACAUGCAUGCGCAUGCAGAUACAUGCACAUUGACAAAUAGGCAUGUGUGCAUGUACACAUCCAUCUGCACACACACACAGGGACACAUAUGCACGCACAGGUAUACUUUUUCAGAACAUGCCAACAUCAUGUGCCAUGCAUGCACACACAGACACAUGCAUACACACGCAAAAAUGACCUCUGUAUUUUUUAUGCUGCUCUUUGCUACAGGACGGGAUAUAUUUAUUGCAUCUUCCACGGCGACUGAAUGGUACUCGAAUUUUUCAAAAGGGUAUUUUUUUUCACUGACCUGAAGACAAUACAAUGUUUCUGGCGUUUUCCCCAGGAUUGAUCCAUCAGCAAGUAUUAUGUGUUAAAGUUGAAUAUGUUUUGUCAAAAGAAAACUAAUACUCUGUGCCAUGUUAUUUAAUUUAUGUACAGUAGAAUCUGCCUACAGUGACCAUGUGGGUUGGUUGCCAGUAUUGGUCUAAGCAAUGUGACCUACAAUCUGAACAAUUGGUGCUAGAAUCUUGUGUUAAAAAAGCUAGCUGCUAAUUUUGACAGUCAGUAGGAUGGUGCAAAAGUCUUCUUUGGGCAGGUAUGGAACACAGGAUCCUGAACACAAGGUAUUUUUCUGCAAGAUAUAUUCAUCCAAAGGUAGAAUUGAUCACUCAUAGGAAGGCCAGUGGCUCAAUUCGUCCUUACCAGCCUCCUCUCUCUGAACCUCUUCAAACUACAUCAGCAUAACCUUUUGUUCCUCUCUCCUUUACAGUCCUUUCAAGUUUCCCCUUAAAUCUAUGCACUUAAAUGCCUCAAUGACUCCUUCUAGUACCAGGUUCCAUGUUUUACUUACUCACUUUCAGCAUAAACUCACCCUGAAAUCCCUUCUUGGUGACUGUCUUAUAUUUAUCACCCUAUGUUUUAGACUCCCCCACAGUGGAAACAUGUUAUUUUCAAACGUAUUAAAUCUCUUCACAAUUUACAGGCUCCAGUUUUUAGAUUUAGAUUUUAUUGUCACAUGCACUCAGAUACAGAAGUACAUGAGUGCAAUGAAAAGCAUUCAAUGUCACUACAUCUUAGGUACAAAGGUACCUUGGUAUAAAACAAUUUAGGUACAAAGUAGUAAAAGAGAGAACAAAGUAUAAAAAGUUAAGCAUUACAGACCAUGAUAGUAUGUAUAAAAAAAUAAAAAAAGGUACAAGUAACAUUAAAGUCAGCCUUUGCUGAUAGUUGUACCAUUUGAGUUCUAAUGCCAUCCUUAUGAAACCUUAUUGCACCUUAUCCAGUGUUCCUAUAUCCUCUCCAUUACAUGGAGAUUAGUAUUGUGCAUAAUACAUUAAAUAUAUUUUUGCCCUCACUACCUCCCUCCGAAGUUCUCCCUAUUAAGAGGACAAGGAGGGUAUUUAGAUACUCAAACCUCUUUCUCCACUUUGUCAGGUUACGUAAUCUGCACCCUAAUGAUGUGCUCACCUUCAUCCCUUAAUAUGCUAUUCUAAAAAGAUUUAACAUAAUUUUCUACUUUUCAAUUUUAUUCAUCUAUAAAUGAUUCUGCGUGUUUCAUUUCGGUUUUUAUAGCCUCCUGGAGUAUUUAGUGUUGUAGUGGUAAUGUUACCGAUCUGGUAAUCCAGAGUCCCCACUAAUGCUCUGGGAUAUAGGUUCAAAUCCCAACAUAUCCAGCUACUGGCAUUUACAUCCAAUUAAUACAUCUGGAAUUGAAAGCUAGUCUUCGCAAUGGUGACCAUAAAGCCAUUGCUGUCACUAACACCCCGUUUGGUUUACAGAGCCCUGUAUGGAAGGAAAUCAGCCAGCCUUAUCUGGUCAGUCCUACGUAUGACUCCAGACCCACAGCAAUGUUUAACUACCCCACCAAAUAGCCUAGCAAGCCACUCAGUUCAAGGGCAAUUAGGAAGGGCAACAAGUGGUGGCCUUGUUAGUGAUGCCUAUGUCCAUGGAAGAAAAAUUUAACUUGCAUGCCUUCUUUUAGUAAUGUGUAUAGAUACCUCUAAAUCUCUUUGGUGCAUGACCCCAUUUUGACUUUUCUGCGAGGAGUUUCUAGUCUCUUUAUUCUGCCUAUCAAAAUGCAACAUUUCCAACUUAUCUCAUGAAAUCCCCUUGUUAUUUGAGAGCCCAUUCACAUCUGUUAUUUUGUUUUAGUUUUCCUUUUAUGUAGCAGGCACUCUGAUCAGGUUUGAAUCACUGGUAAAAUUAUUACCACCACGAUGAAUGUUACUUGUGUGGGUAUUUUUCAGAUUUCAUAGGAUAUACUUUAGCCGAACUGCUGAGCCAGCGGUAACCACAUGGAAUUCACUACCUAUUCGAUCAGUCAUAGCAAUCAUUUGGGGAUGCCUCCUGCAUUGCAAAUUGUGCUAAUAUUGAGCACACUUUAGAAGUAGAUCAUUGGUUAUGAAGUGUUUUGUGGUUCCCCAGGGAGGGUGAAAUGUUCUACAAGAAUGCAAGUUUUGAAUCGAUCACUAUAACUGGAUUCUACUGUAUUUGAAUGUUGUAAAAUAUUGUUAUGAUCAUGUAUUCUUAUCAUUGAUAACAAAGGGGUGUGCUUUUCAUGGAGCAGUGUUUCUGAUGGUGAAAAAAGUUCUGUAAUUUCCCCAUGCUGUGUCACAGAGAUGGAAUUGACUGGUGUGCAUUUUGGUGUUAUCCACACUGUACCGUGAACAUGCCAACUGAAUGCCCCUUCCAUGAAACUAUGCCCCUUUACUUUUAUUGAGCUAAUCAUCUAUGAGCCAUGGAUUGUUAACCCCUGUGUUGCCAAAGCGCUUGCCACUUUGAAGAAAGAAUUUUUUUUAAGUUUACAUAACUAUUUAUGUAUUUGACUAUUUAUGUAUUUAACUAUUUAUGCAUUUAUUUAUUUAUUCACGCCAUAGUUUUACGAGUCACAAACAUCACUGAAACAGCCGGGAGUUUAUUUUGAAUUCCUAACAGCUCAGAAUUAAUUUUUUUAAGCGCCAUUAUGGUUUCUUUUUGUUGUUGCAGUGCAAGGGUCACUUGAGAAAAAACAAUUCGGGGAAUUGAGUGAAUGUCAAUAUUGUAAAUAAGGCACUACGCUGUAUUCCAGCAAUAAUUCGAUGAUGCAUGGCUUUCCUCCCUCUUCUAGUUUAUUAUGCCCUCAACAAGAGAAUGCAGGUAUUGACUGCGGUAUUACUUAACAGUGGAAAUCAGGGAUCUGGCAGGGAUGCAACAAGCAUCUGCAGACAAAGCAUAAAGUAGUCUUCCUUUGAUUGCAGGAUCUGUGUCAGGCUGCUGUUGUGCUUUUUGCCUCACAUCAUGUCCUUAGAAGACUUUGCAGAAGACAUUCUGUUCUCUCUUUCUCUUUCUAUUUUUCAAAAGUUAGGUCUUACCUUGUCCAUUUGGCAAUCUGGUUUAAGAAUCUAUUCACACCUGCAUUCCUCUCAUUAACCUUUCUGUAGUACACUGCACCUUUUUAAUUUUCGUCCGGUCCACAUCCCUCCAAAUUUCUGCCCACUUAUGUUCAGAAGGAGACUAUUCGGCCACUCAGAUCUCUUCCGCCACUCCACUAGAUCACAGUGAAUCUGCAUCUCCAAUGUAUUAGCUGUCAAUGUCAUUGCCUAAACAAUGAUCAAUCCCACUUUCAUAUUUCCAGUACAAUGAAGUAUUUUAUAAUGUCACCUCUCAACAACCUACAAGGCGCUGCUGAUUCUGGACCACCAGAAGAAGCAAUUUCUCUCUUAUCCAGCCCAUCAACUCCAUUCAUCAUUUCAAAAAUGUGCUGAAGUGGCCGACUUGAGUAAAACAGCUGCAUUGUGAAAAGAAAUUACAUUCUUCAAGCAUGCACCAGCCCAGUGAAUCCAAGUGGAUUCUUUCAUUUUAAAGGGUGUAUUGAGCUCAGGUCCUAUUAACUGGCUCGCAAUCCAGGCACUGAGCUGGGAUGAUUGGCCGUGACAAUUUUGAGUGGUGGAACAGGUUCACGGGGCUGAAUAGCCUACUCCUGCGCCUAUUUUCUAUGUAAGAUGGGAAACAUGGUUGAUUUUAAUUCCCAGUGUAGGAUUAUCACUGUUCCAGAUUAGCUGAGCCAGCACAGAGAGUGAUUUAAAUGUCAUCUGUGAGAACCACUUCAUUAUUCUAACUGAGCUCAGCUAUAUCAAAAACUCCUUUGGCUUUUAGCAUUCACUCUGCCCUCUGGUGGGAGGUUUCCACUGUUUAAACUGCUGACAGCGUUAGGUUUGUGAUCUUUGUUUAAAACCUUUAUUUCCAAAGUUUUUUCCUGAACUGAACAAAAAAAGUGCUGAUUUUAUUAGAUUCAGUGUGUCAUAUAAUUUGUACUUUGUGCUCAAUGACCUGCUUCCAGUCUAGCAACAUCUCAAUUUGAAUAAUCUGAUUCUUGUUUUCAAAUCCCCCAUGGUGUCACCCAUCCCUAUCACCAAACCUCUUCCAGCUCAGCAACCCUCCCAAAUAAAAACAGAAAUUGCCAGAGAAACUGUCCUAGACCACUGCACUCCUUCCAUUUUGGCUUCUUCUGCAUUCCUUGCCAGCUUCACUCUAGCUAUUGGCAGCUGUGCCUUCAACUAUGUCAGGCCCAGCCUCUGAAGUUCCUUCCCUUCACCUUGCAGCCUUUCUACCUCUCCUAUUUUUGCUCCUGAAAACCUACCUCUUUUAACACAUGAACACACUUUGAUCGUCUGUCCAAAUGCCCCCUCUGUUGUUCUGGUGUCAGUUCAAAAGCUUCACAAAUGUCGUUGAGGGAUGGAAGUGUCCUUUACUGGAUAAGAUGUAGGAGAAGAAGUAGCCCAUUCAGCCCAUUGAGUCUUCUCUUCCUUUCAAUGAGAUCGUGGCUGAUUUGAUAAUCUUCAACUCUACUUUCUUGCCUUUUCCCCAUAGACCCUUGAUUCCUUUGUUGAUGAAAAAUCUAUCUCAAGCCUUGAAUUUAUUUGUAAGAUCUUAAGACGUAAGACCAGAAGUAGGCCAUUCAGUCCAUUGACCCUGGUUCAUCAUUCAAUGAGGUUGUGGCUGAUAUGAUAAUCUUUAACUCCACUUACCUGCUUUUCCCCAUUACCCUCGAUCUCCCUACAGACUAAAAACUGUCUACCCCAGCUCUGAAUAUAUUUAAAAGACCUUAAAAAAUAGGAGAAGUAAGGCCAUUGAGUCUGCUCUACCUCUGGCCCGCAUGUGGGGCUCCAGACCCUCAACAAUGUGGUUGACUAUUAACUCUCCUCUGGAUGAGGAAUUAUUACUGGUCCAGCCAGCAACACUCACAUGAGCAAGUAAAACUAAAUUAUCUAAUUGUGCUCCUGUGAAACAAAGUGGGACAUACACAGGGUUAAAAGGUGAGGUACACAUUGUUGUUGUUGGCGUUUGGAGGCAUUAGGAUCCAGUAUGACUGCACUUCUAAGCAAUCGUUCGUUAGUCAUUCCUGCCCACUUCCUGCUGGCUGCCCAUGAGAAACCCAGCAGUCUAUGUUCCUCCAUGUUCUGUCUGUCCAAUACAGCAGACUGUAUCCUAUAUAGUAAGAGCUCUGCCUACUGCAUCUGCAUAAACCCCUUGGUCCUCAGUUCUUGCCAGGGAUCCAAGGCCACAAGGUAAGUGUACUGGGAAGGCAUUCCCAUGUGAAAGAGAAGCAGGGAGAUCCGAGACAGAGGAAGCCUAUAGUUUACUCCUUCAAAAAUCAAAAACAUUAUUUUUCAAGCACAUUGUUUUCCUUGUCAAUUUAAAAUGGAAGCCUACCAGAUCCACCCAGAAAGAAUGUUACCCGGGAUUAAAGGCUUAUCUUAAUAUUGGGCAGGCUGUCUCUAUGAUCUUUGGAGUUUUUGAAGAAUAUGAGGCAGUCUAGUAAAAACAUACAUGCUUCUGACAGGAACUACCCAGUUUUAUGACUGAGAGGAUGUUUCCCACCAUUGUGGGAUCUAGAGCAAGGGGACAUAGUUUCAAAUGAAGGGUCUCCCAAGUAGGAUGGAGAUAUGAAGGAAUUUCUUCUCUCAGAAGGUCAGGAGAUGUAAGAAUUCUUUUCCCGAGCGACAGUGGAGUCUGGGUCAUUGAACUUAUUCAAGGUUAGCGUUUGAUCAAGCAGGGAAUCAAGGGUUAUGGACAGCAAACAGGAAAAAGGAGCUGAGGCCAUAACCUGAUCAUCCAUGAGCUUACUGGAGCAAGCCCAAGGGGUCAAAUGGCUUACUGCUUCCCCUAUUUCUAACACUGAUCUUAUGCAGGUAAUACCUCCAGACCAUUUUAACCUCAUACACACACCAAUCUUCUCCAUAUGGAGGCUGGGAUACUAACUCUGUUCAAUGUAUUCCUGGAGAUUUCAUCACACCCAUCUCCUAUCUCCCUACAUUGGUUGACCGAACUGCCCAACCUCAGCUAUCAACUCUUCCCUCACCAAUUGAAAUCCGAAAAGGGAUUUCAUUGCCAAAUUGGAGCCUUUCUUUAAUGGCCCUAACUAUAUUUGUAAUUAAAUAAAUGAAAAGUAUGUUAAGGCUAUUUUUUCAGAAAGUCAUCAUUUAUUUUAAUGCUCUAAAUGAAGUUUCUCCUGGGAGUUUCCAGCAGUGGUUCCUUGGGGACUGGAGGCUGGCAACCCUUGGUGGAAUAUAGAAUCCAUACAGUAUGGAAAGAAACCAUUCAGCCAUCAAGUCUGCACUGAUCUUCCGAAGAGUAUCCCACCCAGACCCAGCCCUCCCCUACCAUAUACCUGUAUUUCCGAUGGCUAGUUCACCUAAUCUGCACAUCUCUGGUCACUAUGGGGCAAUUUAGCAUGGCCAGUUCAGCAAACCUGCACAUCUUUGGACAAAUGAAAGGAAACCAGAGUACCCAGCGGAAACCCAUGCAGACACAGGUAGAAUGUGCAAACUCCAAACAAACAGUCACCUGAGGGUGGAAUUGAAUCCAGGUCUUUGGCGCCGUAAGUCAGCUUUGUUGACCACUGAGCCACCAUGCCAGGGUGGGCAAGGGAGGAGUAAGAAUGAUCUUGCAUUUAAUUGGCACAUGUCAUGACUGUGGAAUCUUCCACAGCACCUUACAGUCAAUGGAUGUGCAGUGAACUUCUGCACAGGAUGCUCCUGUAAUUGGCAUUGUGACACUGUGACCAGAUCAUGCUGAUUGAAGGAUGAAUAUUGGCUAGGACACAGAGGAGAAUAUCUCUUUAAAGUAAUGUCAUGGUAUCUGAGACAGUAAAUAGGCUUCAGCUUAAAAUCUCUUCUGGAGCGGUGGAGGGGGGAGGUGAAAUGAAUUGAAGUUCUGAUGCCAAGCUCAAACUUCCUUGUCUCUUUAUGAUGGGAAGAUGGAGGGUUCGUAGUGGAAGCAACAGAUUAUUUCCUACAAAUCCUCAAAUGUGAAGUCCAGUAGAAUGUGACCACACAGUAGCAUUGAUGGUAACCAUGGUAAUGGCAAAGGGCUGGCCCACUUGUGAAGGUAAGAAUCACAGAGUUUAGGGAAAGUGGGUGAUGAGAGUAUUCACUGUGGGGUUCAGGGCUGGGGGGAUAAAUUAAAGAUUGUCACUUCCCCUUUGUGAUCAGGAAUAACGCUCAUGAAAUUCAUAAAUAAUUACACUAGGAAAAAAACAACCAAAAUAAAGUUCUGAGAGAUAAUGGGAACUGCAGAUGCUGGAGAAUUCCAAGAUAAUAAAAUGUGAGGCUGGAUGAACACA